UGAUGUAUUUUGGCAGCUGCUCCUGCUUUGCGGGUUGAGGGGGACAGGACGACCCGUGGAAGGAUGGUGUGUGAAAAGUGUGAAAAGAAACUCGGCAGGGUUAUCACUCCAGACACAUGGAAGGACGGGGCCCGGAACACCACAGAAAGUGGUGGAAGGAAGCUGAACGAAAACAAAGCUCUGACUUCGAAGAAAGCAAGGUUUGAUCCAUAUGGAAAAAAUAAGUUCUCCACUUGCAGAAUUUGUAAAAGUUCUGUACACCAGCCAGGUUCUCAUUACUGUCAAGGCUGUGCCUACAAGAAAGGCAUCUGUGCGAUGUGUGGCAAAAAGGUUUUGGAUACUAAAAACUACAAGCAGACUUCCGUCUAGGCUGUUGAAGAUUCCAACUCUACGGUUGUAUUUGUGCUUCAGCUUUUCAAGCGUAACACGGAUGUCCAUCUCACAAAAUGACCUGUUUGAGGAUGAAUGAUUCAGUCUGAAGCAGGGACGUUGAUCAGUAUUGAUCUGUCUGCUCUCAUGAAGUUGUGAAUGAAGUUUCUGCCUUAGGUGGUUAUUUUCCUUGUGAGCAUUUUACUGAACUAGAUAAGUGACAAAAUUAAUGAACGAGGUUUCCCAACUUGUGUACGCACUGUCUACUCGACAUUAUCUAAUUAAUGAGUACGCACUGUCUACUCGACAUUAUCUGUAUAAUUAAUGAGUAAGGUGUUCCCUACUUCUGUACGCACUGUCUACUAGACAUUAUCCAUAUAAUUCCUAUCUGACCCACGCGUUUUAUUUAUAGAUAUUGCAAAUGUGAAAUCACUGAUUCUUUGCUCUGAACUUGACAUCCAGACUUGAGAUUUCUCACUUUCUCACAAACAUUGCAGUUCUUAGAACAAACAGGGCCUUAGUUACUGCAUUUUCAUGAGCUAUAAUGUCUGAGACCAUUUUUGCAGAGUGGUUCCUUGGUGACCAGUCCUGCCACAAGUCUAAGAUAAGUUGCAUUUUUAUUUAAAGUUGCUGUUGCUGCUAAAGUGAGUUUCUUUUACGUGUGACUGAGUGCCAUGGGGCCCGAUGUCCAGGCAGACACUGAAGUUCAGAGACGUGCGUUCUGUCAGCAUUAUCUUAAAUUCAAAUGAGAAUACAUUUAUUCUGUUUGGGAAUGUUCUUUGAAGAAGGAUACAUAGCUUUCCUUAACACCCCCCAACCCCCGCUGCCACUUCCUCAGAAAUAAAGCAGGCCUCUGGCCUCUGACAUUGCUGCAGCCUGCCAGGGGGCUGCUGUGAAUGAAGGUUUUUCUUGUUGCCUUCUUUGGGUUGGGCCUUCCACCUUUAAAACCCUCAGCCUACCCAGAGACCAAAAGCAUAUUCUCUGUUUUUAUCUGCAGGAUCUUAAAUGCAUAUCACUGUGUAAUGUGAGACCUACUAUAAACAAUGAAAAAAUA